CCAACAUCUCGCGAAUCAUUAACUGUCUUUAUCUUCUGUGCGACUCUCCCAAUUGUGUGGUAACAUGUCGUCCACCCAAAAGUCCACCAUCCUUCUCGUCCACGGCGCCUGGCAUGGCUCCUGGGUCUGGAAGUACCAAAUCCCUGAGCUGGAGUCCCUCGGAUAUACCACUCAGAAUCUGGAUCUGCCUUCAGUAUCCGGUGUAGCGGGCAAGACACAAUUGGACGAUGCAGCGCAUGUGAGAAGUGUCCUGGAACCACUUUUAGCGGAAGCCAAACAAGUCGUCGUGCUGGCUCAUUCUUAUGGUGGCCCAAUUGGUUGCGGGGCUAUCACCGGACUGUCUGUCGCGGAGCGAGCCAGGAACAAUCUACCAGGUGGAGUUCUGGGAUUCAUCAAUCUCUGCGGGUACAUUUUCCCUGGAGGCAUGGAUCAAGGCGCUGUUAUUCGCAGCUUAGGCGGUCUUCCUUAUGUCAAUUGGGAUACCCCCUCUCCGGGACUCUUUGUCGCCAAAGACCCUAGUAGUCUGCUCUACCGGCCCGAUGUUUCAGACGAGCAGGCACAAUGGUCACUGUCACAGUUGCAGCCACAGAGCAUGGCUGCGAACAUGGGGAUCGUCCCUCCUCAAGCGUGGCAGGAAGAGUCAUACAAAGGUCGCUUGGCGUAUAUCAAGGCAACAGAGGAUGCUGUCAUUCCUCUUUCAGACCAGGAGAGCAUGAUUGUUUCGAGCGGAGGGAGUGAAGCUUGGAGUACGCGUGUCUUGGAGGGAUCUGGGCAUAGUCCACAGAUUUCUCGACCUAGGAAGGUGGCCCAGGCAGUUGACAGUCUAAUUCAAGACUUUCAAACUCGCAAGUGAAGGGGUGGGAGAGUUGAUUAUGAUCUUGGCGUCACAUAUGAG